UGUCUCUUAUUCUGACAACUUCCGCCAGUGACGCCACAGCUGUCAGCCAACAUGGCGGCGUCCCGUGCGCGGACCGUGGGAUCGUUUUUGGGAAAAUGUGGGACUUGCAGCUCGAGUUUAAGCGCAGUCACGUCGCAGUUGAGCCGACAGGUCCUGAGCAGGCAGAUAUGUGUGAGCUCUGCCCUCCGCAGAAAGAACCUGGCGGCCUUGGGGCCAGAGAAGUUCACCAUGGAGUUCAUCAAGAAGCAGGUGGAGGAGUUUGAGAUCGGCAAACGACACCUGGCGAACAUGAUGGGAGAGGACCCCGAGAACUUCACCCAGGAGGACAUAGAUAGGAGCAUCCAGUACCUCUUCCCCUCCGGCCUGUUCGACAAGAAAGCCCGGCCGCUCAUGAAGCACCCAGAUGAAAUAUUUCCCAAGCAGAGAGCCAUCCAGUGGGGCGAAGACCGACGGCCGUUCCACUUCCUGUUCUACACCGGCAAACAGUCCUACUACACCCUGAUGCAUGAAGCGUUAGGCAAAAUCCUGGCGCUAGAGAAGCACCAAGAUCGUCUGAGAGCCAAGGGGCUGCUGACCAAGGACGUCAAGCAGAUCUCUCUCAGCACGAGCAGGUGGCUUAAAAAGGAGGAACUGGAGGAGCUGCUGGUGGAGAACAUCUCCACCCAAGACUAUGACCACUUCAUCCAGCUGAUGGAGCGCCUGCUGUCGAUGCCCUACUGCACCAAAGAGGAGGAGUUCGUCCUACGGUACCGUCAGAACCUGGAGACCCAGUCCAUGAAGCAAGUAAUGCCGCUGCUGGAGCGAGACGAGAGGGGCGUGGCCUUCAGCACCGCGAACGGUCGGAGGAAGAUGGCCAACUCCACUGUGAUUCUUCGAGACUGCGGCUCCGGGCGGAUCACCAUCAACGGCCAGGACUACCUGCACUACUUCCCUGUGCUCCAGGACAGAGAGCAGCUGAUGUUCCCGCUGCAGUUCAUGGGCAUGCUGGGACGCUUCGACCUCGAGUGCACCGUGAGCGGCGGCGGGAGGUCCGGCCAGGCGGGGGCGCUGCGGCUCGGCAUCUCUCGGGCGCUGCUCUGCUUCAUGUCCGACGGCGAGGUGGAGAACAUGAGGCAAGCUGGUCUGCUGACCCCUGACCCCAGAGUGAGGGAGAGGAAGAAGCCCGGUCAGGAGGGAGCCCGAAGGAAGUUCACCUGGAAGAAACGCUGAGGCGGAAAUCUCGUGGUUUUAAUGUUGAAUGUUGAGUUUACGUCACUGAGAACAAACAGCUGACUGUCUCCAGGCGGCCAUGUUUCAUGAUGUGUGAUCCAGCUGCAGUGAGUCUCUUCAGCCACCAGAUGGAGCCACAAGACAAAGAAUAAAUGAAAGUUGGAUUAUAUUUAUCGGUGUAUUAAUCAAUAAAACAUGUUUUUCACAUAAAAACA